AUGUCCUCCGAUGCAUCAGACGAAGCCACCAUCUCCUACCCUUCCAUAGCCAUAGUCAUAGGCCUAGCAUACCUUCUCUACCGCUACUUCACAUCCUCAUCCUCCAACGGCUCAGACCCGUCCUCCUCACAGUCCCGCAAUGGUCUGCGCUUCACCCAGGCGCAAGUCGACCAGGUCGCGAAUAUGUUUCCGCAGCUGAGUCGGCGGGACAUCAUGUGGGAUUUGCAAAGGAAUAGGGGGAGUGUCAAUGCUACGGUGGAGAGGGUGUUGGGUGGGAGGAGUCUGGAUCCGGCACCACCUUCGUUUCAACCUCCCAUGCCUGAGACAGCAUCGCAGUCAACGUCUACGUCGAGUAUAUCGUCGUUGUUGUCAGGAAAGCAACAGGUACACCCCGAUUUGAUAACGAGGUAUAAAUUGCAAGACAGGAUAAAUAGCUCUGAUAAGGGGAAAGGGGUAGACACAAGUGGAAGUGCGAGUAGUAAUUCCUGGGGUGCGACGAAGGAUGAAAGACAGAGUGCGCUGAAAAGGAGGAGGGAUGAGAUGAUUCUGGAGGCGAGGAGGAAGAUGUUGGAAAGAGACGCAACGAGAGGUGAAAGAACAGCGCAGUAG